AUGAACUUUGUUGGCAAGAUCAAGGGGAGUCUCCUAGGGUCACGUUCCAAAGUUCUGCACCGACCUCACGUUACACUUGAGUUUGAAAAGAUUAAAAACGAGAGCCCGCCCUCAGCCCGCGCCGGGCCCGGGGCCCUCGGGGUGGCCUUUCUUCCUUCGCCCGCCCGCAGCGCGGCGCCCGGCAAACUGCCCGCUCCUCCGACAGGUUCCGGCCGCGGAGCCGCAAAACCUCGAAACGGCCCACCCGGGGCGGCGCGGCGGCGGCGGAGGCGCGGGGGGCCUAGGCGACCCGGCCAAGGUCAUCCCCAGUUCGUGACGAGGAGGAGCCGCCCGGCCCCGCCUCCCGGGGCCCUUCUCGGCCCCGCGCCUCCGCCGCCCCAGGGCCGUCUCGGCCUCCCGCGCCCGGCCCGGCCCGGCCCCGUGGCUCCAGUCCCGGCCCCCGCACGCCCGCGGAGCCCCGAGAGCCUCGCCGAGGCCGCCUCCCGCCGCCUCGAACCCCACGGCCCGCCACCCGCGCCGGGCCAGACCCGCGUCUCACCCGCAGUCGUCGGCCGCGCGCUCGCCCGAGCCGGAUCCCAGCGCGCGUGCGCCUUACCGCCUCCGCGCCGGGCGCCCUGGGCUCGGGCGAAAAAGCGGCAAUGGACCGCCGCCCGGGAACCGCGCGGCGGUGAGCGGCAAAACCCGGAGCGGAUCCGCUCCCGCGACCUCGCUGGCCCGUGGGUAGUGCCGAAGGGGGCAGGCAACUCCGAGGCAGAGACGUCCUCUCUCUGUGUUUUAGGCAGGAAAAGUGAGCGCAGAGAAGAAGAUAGACAACCCAAGUGCUCGUGGUCCCCACCGCAGUCAGUUCUUUGUCCCUUUGACCAUUAG